UGCUAGCAGCUUCUCCUCGCGCUCCUCCCGCUGUGGUCCGGCACAGUCCCCACUCCAGCCCGGCUCCCAUCCCGGAGCCCGCUGUCCUCCCCUCCGUCUCGGGUCCCCUGCGCCUCGCGCAGCAUCCCGCAGGCCGGGCCCCGAAGCACCCAAGGACGAAGAGCGGCAACGCGGUCAGGCGGGCNAUGGCUCCCUGGCUCGGGCUGGUCGUACUGCUGGGCAGCUGGAGCCUGGGGCCCUGGGGCGCUGAGGCGUGCACGUGCUCGCCCAGCCACCCCCAGGACGCCUUCUGCAACUCUGACAUCGUGAUCCGCGCCAAGGUGGUGGGCAAGAAGCUGGUGAAGGAGGGGCCCUUCGGCACCAUGGUCUACACCAUCAAGCAGAUGAAGAUGUACCGAGGCUUCACCAAGAUGCCGCACGUGCAGUACAUCCACACAGAAGCGUCGGAGAGCCUCUGCGGCCUGAAGCUGGAGGUCAACAAGUACCAGUACCUGCUGACAGGCCGUGUCUACGAUGGCAAGAUGUACACGGGGCUCUGCAACUUUGUGGAGCGGUGGGACCAGCUCACUCUCUCCCAGCGCAAGGGGCUCAACUACCGCUACCACCUGGGCUGCAACUGCAAGAUCAAGUCCUGCUACUACCUGCCUUGCUUUGUGACCUCCAAGAAUGAGUGCCUGUGGACCGACAUGCUCUCCAGCUUCGGCCACCCCGGCUACCAGUCCAAACACUACGCCUGCAUCCGGCAGAAGGGCGGCUACUGCAGCUGGUACCGGGGCUGGGCGCCCCCGGACAAAAGCAUCAUCAACGCCACAGACCCCUGAGCCCGGCCCCUCCCACCGCGCCUGCGUCCCUCCCUCCCUGCUGAGCUCCCCUUGGACACUAACUCUUCCCAGAUGACGACAAUGAAAUUAGUGCCUGUUUUCUUGCAAAUUUAGCACUUGGGACACUUAAGGAGAAGUCUGUGCUGUCCAUGGAGUUGAUCUGGAACCACCCUCCUGGCCCCACCCGACCCUCUCUCUCCCUGCUUUUGACAUCACCCAUUUGUACCCUGGGAAUUUUUGGUGCCAUGCCGGAAGGAAUGAGGAAUGUAGUAGAGUCCUCUUCCUUGUGAUAUAUAAUCUAUAUUUUUUUAGGAAAACAAAAAUCAAAAAAUCUACCCCCUUUGGCCACUGUAACAGCUCCUCGUCUUUCUUCUUCCUGCUUGACAUCUCCCUCCCUCCCCUUGCACCCUCCUCUCCUUCCAAAACAUAGAGGACGCAGACAGGAAGUUGCUGAAGCCAACUGCUUCCGGGUCAGUCCGGGCAGCCAACAGGUAGACCCCAGGUAGGCGGAAGAGCUUGUACCCAGAGGAGACACUGCUGCACGUCCCCAAGAGGGCCUGGCCUUGUCUCUCUGCACAUCAGAGCAGGCUGUAGGAGAGGGUAUGGCAUGACACAGCACAGUCCCCAACUGCGAUGCUGGGCUGCCCAGCUGUUUGUGAGUCUGGGUUCAGCUCAGGCCAGAAGCACAGUGCUGGCUCAGGUGGUCAAGGGAUAAACAUGUGCCUGAGGCCUGCUGCCUUGUGCAGCUCAGGCGAGAGGCUGAGACAAAUGUCUUUCCUCUCCUGCCUCCCUCUGCCACACUGAGGGAGGUUCGCGGAGCCACAUCUGUGUGAGUGGGGGACACACUCCCUGCACCCCCGUGGAUAGACCCGGGUGGAUCUGGGUAGGGAAAGCUGUUUCCGAGUAGUGUGUAGCUCACCAGGGGAUGCGUCUGUACCCACACCUGCAUAUACCUACGUGCGUGGGGGCAUAAGCUAAUUUUCUACAGGACACAGAAUUCUGUUCAAUGCUGUUAAAUACGCCAAUAGUUUAAUCUCUUCUAUUUUGUUGUUGUUGCUUAUU